GUGCUGCAUUGGUCUCUGCGCAAGACGUCGACCAAACCCUAGGCCCUUAAAGAUGGCUGAGUCACCAGGACUUUUUCUCAUUGUAUCGCUUUGCUUUGUGUGUAUUCUGUUACCAUUGCCUGUUCUGCUUGUUACCGACCCUGCUCGUUUUGACUACGCUUUAGUCUGACCCUAAAUACUGUACAUAUCUUGUGUUUGUAAACAGUCUAUGUGAACCGGCUGUAGGGAGUGGCUGGCAUUUUGUUUGGGAACGGGUUUGUCUGUGUGUUUGGUUAGUAAGGGAGGAAGGUUAGGACACUGUCUUUUAUUUCUUUUUGUUUGUAUUUUAGGGAAGGUAGAUUGUGUUAUAUAGUUAAGUUAGUGUGGGUUUGUUUGUUGUUUUCCUGAGGUUCUUGCCUGUGUGUAAGUCUACUGUUGUUUUUGUCUUGGUCACAUAAUACAGUCUUGAACUAAAUAGAUGCGUUUAGUCUUUUAUCUCUCACUCACAUCAACACUUCUCACUCUUCAUAUUGUUACUGCCUGACCUAGACUGGCUCGUAACACACAUGUGAACAGUUUCAGCAGCUGUGUGCAGAUCUGUAAUCUGAUUUGUGUUACAAAGGCGUCCUUGUGUAAUUGUGUGUGUCUUUGUGUGUGUGUGAGAGAGAGAGUGAGAGUGAGUGAGUGAGUGUAUGUGGGUCAACCAAGCUCAUUGAAGUCACGAGAAAUUCAAUGGGUCAGAGUCCAGUUUCACCACACUUACUGUUUCUGUUUGACAGCUGAAGAGACGUAAGCGGUGCUUCAGAGAUGUUACACUGAUGGAAUAAAGGUUUUGUGAACAUUCAGAAUGUGGAGUUUCAAACCUGGAAUAAACAAGCACGUCUGAAAGGACCUCAAUUACAGGAGCUGGUGUGUAGGUGUGCGUGUGUAUGUGUGAGCAAGCAGACCUAAUCUCUGGGACGUGUAUCCUUGGUGUGUGAUCAGCUGGAGCUCAGUGAUCAUCAUCAUGGUCUCGCUGGUCGCUGGAGUAACCUUGGUCGUGCUGGUUUCCAUGGUGACACCAGACUUGGUGUGUGGGGGACAAGAGGGAGGCGAGGACUCACGACUCACACACACUCAUCUCACACAUACUCAGCAGCAUUACACGCCUCAGACUGGAGGAGCGCGGAGCACGACUUUCAACCACAUCCAAAGGACUGUACGUUCUGACACAUUUCAGAGUAAUGGCAUAGCUGAGGAUAGUGAUUACAAUGUCAACACUGAUGAUGCUGAAUUAGUGGACCCAUAUACUGGACAGGAAGAUAAAGUAGAGUGUCAGACUGGCAUUCAGUCUGAGGCGUCUGCUUAUUCUAAUGUCAGAAAUAAUGCUAUUGAAUUGAAUGGUAAAUACUUUGGCCUAGCUGAUGAAUGUAAUGAAGCUGAUCGUAAGGAUGACAAAGUAUAUGGUAAUACUGAGAAGAAACAUAAAAGCAUAGCUGAUGCUGGGAUUAACAGAGUUGUGUGGAAUAAAAAGCGCACUGAUGAUACACUGGACAACGUUAUAAUGCAUGACAUAAAAGAGGCACAGUGCAGUAAGGGUCCUGUUGUGCUCACACAGUCUGGGCCUGUCUGUGGACUCACUUUGGACAAAGCUCAUGUGUUUUAUGGCAUUCCAUAUGCAGCACCUCCUGUAGGCCUAAAACGCUGGAGCGCUCCUGACCCUGUGUCACCUUGGACACAGCUGUAUGAUGCCACCUUUCCUCGACCAGCAUGUAUGCAGGCUUGUGCUGGAGAGUUCUCUCAAAUGUGUCCUCCUAAGACAAAUGAGGACUGCUUGUAUCUGAACGUGUUUGUUCCUGUGAGUGUGGAUCUAUCAAAGCCGACUGUCACAGCCCUGCCUGUCAUGGUGUGGAUUCACGGAGGUGACUUCGUCGCUGGCUCAGCGUCUAAACCACUGUAUGAUGGACGCUUCAUCAGUAACUACAGCAACACUGUGGUUGUAAAUAUUGAGUAUCGCUUAGGAGCAUUUGGGUUUCUUGUGACUGGGAAAGAUCCUCAGAGUUCUGCAGUGGGAAAUUAUGGAAUUCUGGAUCAGCAGGCAGCCCUGCAGUGGGUCCAACAAAACAUUGCUGCCUUUGGAGGAGACCCAGCCAAGGUGACUCUAUCUGGUGAGAGUGCUGGAGCACAGUCAGUUUCUCUGCACCUGAUGAUGCAGAUCAGUGAGCCUCUUUUCAGUCGUGCUGCCAUACAGAGCCAGCCAUUCUCCAUCCCACUCAAAAGCAGGUGGGAUGCUCUGAAGCUGGGCAGGGACUUUGUGAAACUGACUAAUUGCUCAGUAUCUGACCUGGAAUGCCUUCGCUCCCUCAGCUCACAUGCCAUCCUCAAUGCUCAAGUUAAAGCAGGUUCGAAAAUCAUCAAUCCCUUCCGCUUCUUGGAGGUGUUUGAGACCUGGGGUCCAUAUAUUGAUGGACAGCUGAUCAAGGAGCAGCCAAUCAUGGCCUUUCAAAAGGGUCACUGGCAAAGCUACAAGCCUGUCAUAUUAGGCACUACAUCUGAAGAAGGAGUGAUCUUUGUAUAUGGUGUAUUCACCAAGUCAGUGUCUGUGCUGGAAUGCAUCAUUUACACCACAGCCAUCUUCAAGCAGCACGCUCUCAGCAUCCUCUACAAAUAUGUUCCUCUCUACCACAACCAGGACAGACGCGUCAUGCUCUCACAGAUUGUGACAGAUUAUGUGUUCCUGUGUCCGGCUCGACGUUCUGCCCGCUCUGCAGUGAGUCUGGACGGAGCUGUCUGGAUGUAUGUAUUUGACCACUCCCCAUCUGAUCACAGCAUAUGGGCAGGGCUUACUUUCUGUUAUGACCACGCCUGUCACGGGGCAGAGCUUCCCUUCCUGUUCGAUUCUGCCCCUGUAACAAAUCUAACACUCACAGCUCAAGAGACUCUAUUGGCCAAUAGGAUGGUGUGUUACUGGGGCGCUUUCGCCCACACAGGAGACCCAAACGCACGCAGUAAGCAAACACCUUUCUGCAGACAGCAGAGGCUCCCUGCAUGGCCUCAGUAUACGUCCACAGAGAGCUGGCCAAUUCUGAAUUUAACUCUGCCAUCUCACCCUCAACAUGGCAACAGGGACCACUUUUGUGACUUCUGGGAUCAGCUGGACAUUUACUGAUGGAAUGUAUUAAACGUAUUCUGAGCUGUAAGGCUGGAAAAUUCACUGCAAAACUUUAUUAAUGUUACUCACAGCAGUUUUCAUGUAUUCUGAGAGAGCAAUGUUUGAAUUGUGUACUCAUUUCUAUUUUCAGGCCUUACUCUAAUCUUUAUACACUUUUCUGGUGAGUGUACAGGGCAGUAAACGAUAUUUUAGUGAAUAACCUACUCCACUACUGAUAGUUACUUACCAUUUUUAACAACUAACUCAGAUGGGCUUAAGAAGCAAAAUAUUGCAUACUAAAAGAAUAUAGAGCCAUUUCAAUUAAUUCGGUAUUUGGACAGAUGGUAAAAACAAGGCCUUUUAUUAAGUAAUUGCAACAGUGUUGAAGGCCUGUAACAGUGAACUAAGCCCAGUCUUGAAACAGUGUCCAAGCCCUGUAAUAGUGAACCAAGCCCAGUCCUGUAAUACUGUCCAAGACCUGUAAUAGUAAACCAAGCCCAGUCCUGUAAUACUGUCCAAGACCUGUAAUAGUAAACCAAGCCCAGUACUGAAGGAUUAGUGGAAUAAGCUGCUGUUUUUCCCUACUCCAACACACAAGGUGCAACCCAUGAUAGCUUUGGAUAAUUAAUGAAAAAGUAGUGUGUUUGAGUAUGGACAUCAAGUAAAACACAUUUUAACAUGUUUUUUACUAGUGCAUUGGUUCUUAACUGGUGUUGACUAAGACCCACAUUUGUCCUUAUCAUUAAGACAUUACCAAAAAGCAAUUUAUCAUUUUGAUCAUUAUAGAGUCAAUACAUUUGAAUAUUUGAAGUCAUAAAAAGUUAAAAUAAACAAAUAGUAAAUUAGAAUUUUAACAUGCAAAUUAGCUCCUCCCUGACAUUAUAUAUUCCCACAGUGAAGACCCAUAAGAUGUCUGAACUCUAUGCACUACUAGAAGCAGUGCUGAACCUGCAUGUUAUGUUGUGGUCAGAGUUUUUCAGUUUAGUCCAAAGAAGCAGGCGGCUAAAGGCUACCAUCACUGGAGCAGCAGACAGUACAAACUGCAGCUGUAGCACAUAAGAAGCAUUGCAGAAAAGUGCCAAUAAACAAGAAGCCCAGGUUAAUUUUAAACUCUACUUGUAUAUAUUUGACAGAACACUACUGUAUCAUUUAGUGAAUUUAUUAGAUUUGGUGUCAGCUAACUAACUCUUCAUAAAUAUGCUGUUUUUGAGCUAAAAUAUAUGAAAUAUGGUGAAAUACAGUGUGGCUAAGCUAGUAACAUCAGCGCUAACGAAAACAAACAUCACUAAUGCAUGCUACAUGUCACAUACUAUGAAUUUUUGAUUUGGGUUCAACUAUUUUUCACAGGAGCCAUAAAAUAGAAUUUCCACCUGUUUGGAGAUCCUUCACUAUUGCAAUAUGGAUUUUCUUGGAAAAGAAAUGAUGGAAAUGUGUAUGGUGCGAAAAAAAAAAAAAAA